AUGGCCUCAAGGUCCCAGCACUCACCGACAAAGCGCAAACGGACGCUCUCUGCAGUAGCAUCUCAAUCUUUGGCGCCGUUGGAUCGACUCCCGGCAGAUGCCAUCAACCCCUACAGUCGUUCGCCGGCUGAGAUUGUCCAAUUCUCUCUCGCCGGCCUCAAAGACACUGACCAGGACCCUUCACUCAAGAUACCGAACUUUCCCCAUCGGAGCCAGAUUUCCCAGCGAAUUGCGCGGCCUCCUCAACAGGUAGAGCCCAACAUUGAAGAUGGCCCGCCCGGCAAGCCCAGAACCAUUGGACAGAGAGAGAAACAACUCCACCUGCUCAUUCAGAGUAUACACCAUUUCCUAGAUCAAGGAGACGUCGAACGAGCCUCGAGAGCGUACGGGAUUGUACUGCAACUGCAGCCUCAUGGCACACCGAUCGAUGUGCGCCACAACGACCUCUGGGCCAUCGGUGCGGAAAUUCUUAUGCGCGAGGGAGAGACCCCCGUUCAAGUCGAGACAGAAGACGAAGGCACAGUCCAGAGACCGCGCAGGCAACGUAGAUGGGGCUCAGCAAGGAACAUGCCCAAGGUGAAGGCUUACUUUGAGUCUCUCAUUCAGCAGCAUCCGUGGACGCGCGUACGACCCCAAGCGAUCUGCGCCGUGGACUUUUAUGCAGCCAUGCUGAGCUGCGAAAUCUACAAUGUGCACGCCGAACAUGUACUUGGUCUCGAGGCCCUGUACGAUCACCUCGCGCAGUGGGAGGAGGACAUGAAACUCGAGGGCGAGGCCAUAGACGACCUGGAGAGUGCUCGCGAGGAGCGCCACUUGGACAUGAAGGACGAUCUCCGGAUAAAAACCUUGAGCGCCGUUGAAGAUAUUCAACAUCGGCUGCGGGAGCUUACCAAGGAUGAGCCGUACAAACGGCGAGGCAUCUUCUUUCAGCUCUAUGCCACGGCGUCUCUGUACAUUUCUGACUUGGUGGUACCCGUCCAGCCAACAGCGCAGGCAGGUUUAGUGGAGGAGAGGAGGGCAGCUGAAAAGGAGGAGGCACAAAAGGCGAUGGACCUGUAUGCGACGCUGGAAAGCAACGCGGACCCCCAUAUAAUGGCAGCCAUGGGCUUGGACAGGACAUCACACGGGUCACCGCUUGUGCCCAUGUACUCCUCGCUCCCUAUCAGAGAGGCAGGAUAA